AUGGGUACCAGAGCCUCAAGACUUCUCUCGUCCAGUGACGCUCAGACAAAAAGCCGUGACGAGCGAAGCGAAGAAGGGUACCGAUGCCAGGGAGCAGUGCCUAAAGCCGUAACCAAAACGGAAGACAAAAUUAUCAACAACAAAUCAAAAGCUAAGGGCAAGCGAAUGCUUAUAUGUGAAAACAAAAAGUCUGUGCUUUUAGGUGUUUUCGGGAUAACGCUUAUUCUAACGGCGGCGUUGAUGAAAUAUGGCGUCGACCAGAUGUUGAAAUGGCAGUUAAAGAAGAACGUCCCCCUUAGACCUGGAACCACCGACCGCUACAAGCAGUGGAUAUUUCCGACCGUUCCUAUCCACAUAGAGUUGUACGUAUUCCACGUCGUUAACCCCGAUGAAGUCAGGUCCGGUGCGACACCAGUGAUUCGAGAGCUCGGUCCAUACACAUACAGGGAGUACCUACUAAAGGAGAAUAUCACAUUUAAUCAGGACGAGACCCUGGUAUCAUACAACCAGAAGAAAUGGUAUGUGUUUACCCCGGAACUGUCGUGCUCAGGCUGUGACCCCGAGGCGGAUAGCGUGACCACGGUUAAUAUUGCUUAUGCAAUCAUGACAGAAGUGGCCAAAAGCUACUCCAGGAUUGUCAGGGUGGGUAUAGACGCCUUGCUAAAGUACGAAAAGGAACAUUUGUUUAUGACUAGGACGGUGCGAGAAGUGCUAUGGGGGUAUGACGACCCGCUCUUUGCGGAGUUCUCUAAGCUCAAGGACAUGUUUAACUUAAAGUUCCUACCGGAAAUCUCGCCUUUGAUAACAAUGGAGUACAACGAAACUUAUGAUGGAAUAUCGACUGUAAAUACGGGAACAAAAAACAUGGAUCGGACUCUGGACUGGAUUGCGUGGAAAGGACAAAGCUCAAUGGGUCUUUGGAAUUCUUCUUAUGCAAAUAUGAUCAACGGAAGCGACGGGACACAAUUUCCCCCAGGAAGUGGCCCUGGGGAUACUCUGUACUUCUUUUCCACAAAUCUCUGCCGCUCUAUUUAUCUGAAAUUCGACUCGGCUAAAAAAAUGAAGGGGAUUCCGGUAAAUCGUUACACGACGCCCGCCAGCCUCUUUAAGAACUACACUGAAGUUUCCAGCAACCGGGAUUUCUGUCUCGGACGCUGCUAUCCGGACGGGAUCUUGGCCGGGUCCCAGGACUGCACCCCCUCGACCGUGACCUCGCCCAUCGUCAUCUCAACCCCACAUUUCCUCCUGGGAGACCCCCAACUCCGGACGCAAGUAAAAGGACUAAAACCGGACAGAGAAAAACAUGGCCUGUACAUAUCUAUAGAACCCACCACAGGUAUCCCACUACAGGCUUUGAUCAGACUCCAAAUUAAUGUAUUCAUACAGUCCGUGCUUGGGAUCAGCGAGACAACAGGUAUCCCACAAGCCUUCGUGCCAGUCAUGCACUUCAGCAAUAACGCCAGCGUUGACGACUCUACGGCAAGGACACUAAGAGAAGGCCUGGUCGUCCAGUUACUGGUGGCCAAGUACGCUGAGAUGGUGGUGUUCGCCCUGGGGGGAGUGUUUAUCUUGGCUGCGAUAGGCUUAACCGUGCGCCACGUAAGGCGGCGUAAGAUACGGGAAGCCUGUGGUACCGAGUCAUACGACAAUGUGGGGCCUACAGAUAGGCUGAUUGACAACAACACUAAACAGUACCAAACGAUAUAGUUCGCUAUAGUUAAUCGCCAGUUAAUAGUUAACACAAGUCGCGCGCCGGCUACACGAUCCGAUCCGCGUUCCAAUCCGGGUUUUGUAGGUGCAGUACCAGUCUAGGGUGUUACACCAAAUAAACAGUACCGCAGAAAGGGGUUUAGUCCCUCAUUUUCUCUUGAUGGACUAAACCUCUUCUGCGCCACAAUUCCCCUUAAAAACCACACACAAGGCUAAUAUAGCAAGUUAACUAGCUUUAUUGAGGAAACAGUCAAGACUUGAUUGACUUUGAUUUUCCCGAAGAAUCACGAGGGCCUGAUUCUUAUCUUGGUUCGUCUGUGGACAGACACAAGCGCGUAGCGCAGAUCCACCAAAACUGCUGCAUCCCCUACCGCCAUCUCCAAACCUCAUCCCCUAACCUUGUGAAACACUUCCCAUAUUUCCCGCAUUACAAGGGAAGGAAUUCCCUUUUCCUAUUACCGCUAGGUAGAUAUUGCACAAUCACUUCAGGAAACUAUAUAAGAUAAACUUUAGCAUCGUUUUAUUAAUUUUGCAGAGAUAAAUUUUACAGACUCAAACAUCAUAAA